CUGUCAGUGGAGGAUGCCAAGGAGUUGGUCGUCUUGGAAGCCACCAAUCCCGCCAAGGAAGUGCAGUCUCCCUUCUCAGAGCUGUACAACAUGGUCAAGCAGGACCUGGACCCCAAGUCUCCCUUCAAGGUGUUUGGGGCCAAGACGCCUGUGUCAAAACGUAAAUCCCAGAAGAAGACGGAGGCCGCGGUCAAGGAGAAUGCUCCAGUCACAGCCACCACUCCAAAAUCAUCCCAGAAGAAGCGGAGGUCCUCAGUGGGCGCCCAGGCACAAGCCAAGCCCGACCCAGCUCCAGAAGACGCUGCUUUGUGCAUGUCUGUAGAGAAUGUUGCCGCUGUGGAAGAGGUGACCCAGGAGGUCCCCGUCACACCAGCGGUCAGCACCCCAGGAAAGAACAGGAGGUCCGAGGCCAGCGAGUCGAGUAUUCCCUCCCCAAAGCAGUCUCCCAAGAGGCUCAGUGCUCAGGAAGUGGCCCAGCAGAUCAUGGCUGACCCUGCGACCCCCGGGACGCCCACCAAGGCUCCCAAGUCACCCAAGAGGAGGAGCAGCGGUGGCAGCAGUCUCACCAGUGCCAGCCCUAAACCCAAACCCGACCAAGUCCUGGCCCUGACCCCGACCCAGAGCACUGAGAUCCAGGUGGCGGCUGUCGCUACUGUCGAGGAGGCCAAGCAGUCCCCCCGCAGCUCCCCCAGGGCCAACGCCGGCCAGAGGUUCAAGGUGCAGGACGUCCUGCGCGAGAUCGAGCUGUCCACACCCACCAGCAGCAAAGAUGCCCAGGCCUCGUCCAGUAAGAAGCGCAAGAGUGGGGGUGCGGGAGGUGACCCCGCGCUGCCGACUCCUCUGGCCAAGAAGAAGCGUGUGUCCUUCGGGGGCCAGCUGAGCCCAGAGCUCUUCGACAAGCGCCUGCCGCCCGACUCUCCACUCCGCCGUGGGGCCACGCCCAGACGCAGCCUGGGGCCCAGCCUCGUACAGACGCCCAAGUCACUGCUCAGGAGAGCCUCCACCAUCGGACUUGUGCAGACAUUGAAGCUUGGAGAGGCCAUCCUAGAAAGCCCCAAAGGAAGCCCUGCGAAGAAGUCUCCUAAGAAGGUCGCUACUCCUAAGAAGGCAGCUUCUCCUAAAACCAAGACCCCGUCUCCUAAGAAGGCAGCGUCAUCCAAGGCGAAGACCCCGUCUCCUAAGAAGGCAGCGUCACCCAAGGCGAAGACCCCGUCUCCUAAGAAGGCAGCGUCACCCAAGGCGAAGACCCCGUCUCCUAAGAAGGCAGCGUCACCCAAGGCGAAGACCCCGUCUCCUAAGAAGGCAGCUUCUCCUAAGACCAAGACGCCUACUCCGAAGAAAGCAGCUUCUCCCAAGGCCAAGACUCCGACAAAGGCCAGUCCUGCAAAGACUCCCAGCAAGACUCCAGCGAAGUCCCCAGCCAAGACCAAAACCCCGUCCCCAUCGCCCUCCCGAAGAGCCUCCUCCAGCUCCCUGAGCGAGACUCCCACCGUGUCUGGUCGCUUCUCCAUCUCGCGCAUCAGCACCCCGUCUCCUGAGCCGGCGGGGACCCCGGCAUCAUCGGCUACCCCUGUGGCGGCAGCGCAGAAGGGGAGCGCCACCCCCAAGAUCCCGCUGAAGAGGCGGAGCAUGAAGGCUUCAGGCAGUAAGACGCCCCGCAGGAGCCUGGGCAAGGCAGCCAUGGAGGCCAUCCGCAGGCAGAGCGGCGCCUCCAGAGCCAACCUUAAAGUGGUGUGCUCCUAUGCUGACAUGGUGAAGUUUGGCAAGACCAAGCCGCAGAAUCAGGCACCAACACAGAAGACCAGAACCAAGGCCAAGGUGGUGAAGAGGGUCGCUGCUGCCAAACCCAAGACUCCAGCCAGGAAGCUGAAGGAGGUCAGCAGCACUGGACAUGCCAACUCACCCGCCACCAUCGUGCUGAGCAAGGCCCAGCUCAGAGCCGCCCAGGUCACCUGUGGUGCGCCCAGAAUGGUGCCCAACGUCGCCCUCUACAGGAUGGACAUGAGGAUGAAUGAGGACCUCUCAGGUGUUUCAGAAAUAUUUAAGACUCCAGCAAACAACAAGCAGAGACGUGCGUCCACCAGGAAAAGCCUUGUUGCCAAAACUCCCGUCACGGUCUCUUCAAUGGCUCUUCCCAAAACUCCUGUCGCCUCUACUUCAGUGACUCUUCCCAAAACUCCAGUUGCUGAGACGCCACUGGCAUCUGUUUCCAUGGUAGAAUUGUCAGUCAUGAAGACACCAGAGGAGACCGGAGAAAUGCUGGUGUCCCCCAUGAGUGUGGUGUCGGCUGCCAAGCACGGCGGCUACAACAGCGAGGCAGUCUCUCGCCUCCUCCAGGACGGCAGCUUCAUCGCCCAGGACGACGACGCCAGCUUCGUUGCCAAGGAGACCAGCUCUGCUCAACAAAGCAUUUCCUCAGAACAAGAUGACGAAGAUGUUGAUGACAACGAUGAUGACGAGGAAUCCGUAGACACCCCAGUGUCCCAGACCCCCCAGCAGAAGACUGCUCCCACUUCCGACGCGGCUGCCACCUGCCUGACCGGCGUCAAGCGGCUCAUGAAGACGCCCCGCGUGAAGAGCGGCGACAGCCCCGUGUUGUGUGCCGUCGCCCUGAAGCGGCUUGUCCAGACCCCCAAGCAGAAGGCAGCAGAGCCGGCCGAGGAGGACCUCUCAGGGGUGCGGCACCUGCUGAAGACCCCCAAGGAGAAGAGCCAGAGUGUGGAAGUUGACCUCAGGGGCCGACUGCUGAGAACACCCAGGGAGAAAAAGAGCGUGGAAGAGGACCUGACUGGGGUGAAGGAGCUCGUCAAGACACCCAAGACCAAAGGAGAGCCUGUGCAGAACAAGUUUGGUAUCAGCAAGUUGAUGAAGACGCCCAGGCAGAAGGGAGCCGCUGCCGUGGAAGACUUUGAGGGCGUGCAGGAUCUUCUCCAAGAGCCUGAGGAGCCCGAGGCGGACAUCACACCAGAGCCGGAGAGUAAUGAGGCUGCUGCCAGCACAGAAGAAGUGCAGGCUGAAGAAUUGGAUGUUAUCGAAGAGGAGGACAAGGAAAACAUGCGCCCAGCGGAGGUCAUCCAAGCCGUCGACGCCAAGCCCAUCGAGCCAGCCGCCGUAGCCGUCGACGAGGCCGUGGAGGGCAAGAGGGAGACCCAGGCCAAGCGACUGAGCUCCCCCUUGAAGGAGCUCUUCCAGGAGAGACGAGCCGAGGCCUGUGCCGAGGAGCCCGUGUUGGAGGAGGAGAUGGAGUGCCUUCCCCUGCAGACCGCAGAGGAAGCUCCCAAGGAAGCAGAGGAGGCUGCUGUUGUCACUGAGGACGAUCGUGCACCCAUUGAGGCCGCUGCAUCCAAGCCUGCUGAGGCCACCACAGCAGCUGAUGUACCACAAGUGGAACCCAUUGAGGUACAUGAGGUCGUCACUAAGGACGAUAGUGCACCCAUUGAGGCUGCUGCUGCUGCUGCUGCUUUUGUCGACGUCUCUGAGGAAGAACGUGCACCCAUUGAGACCACUGUUGUUGAUCUGACUGAGGAAGAACGUGCACCCAUUGAGGCCGCUGCUGAGGAGCCUGCUGAGGAGCCUGCUGAGGAGCCUGCUGAGGAGCCUGCUGAGGAGCCUAUGGAAGCAGAGGUCGCACCACUGCAGGCGACCGAUGUGACAGUUGUUGAGGCCAGCCAAGACGUGCCAGAGGAGGCAGAGUCCACUGCUGAGGCCACCACAGCAGCUGAUGUACCACAAGUGGAACCCAUUGAGGUACUUGAGGUCGUCACUGAGGACGAUAGUGCACCAAUUGAGGCUGCUGCGUCCGAGGCCAAUGUACAUCAAGAGGAACCCGUUGAGGAGGCAGUCAUUGCUGCUGAAUGUGCCACUGAAUUGGCUGCUGAGCUGCCCGUAUCCCCCAGUGCAGCUGUUGAGGCCAGCCAAGACGUGACGGAGGAGGCAGAGUCCACUGCUGAGGCAGCCCCAGCCCCUACCCCUGCUCGAGGAAGGAGAGUAAGGCCGGCCAAGCAGGCACCCGAGACUGCCCCGACACCACGACGAGGACGCAAAGCUGCCAAGCAGGACUCCGCUGAGGAGGAAGUUCUUGUGGAGGAGGUUGCUGCUGCAGCUACUGAAUGCACCACUGAAUCCUCAGUGCUGGCCGUGGCAUCUGCAGAAGCUCAGGACGUCUGUGAGACGGACGAGAAGGACGUGGCCCUGGAAGAAGUCUCUGAGGAGACUCCAGAGGAGCCUGUGGAAGCCGAGGUCGCACCACUGCAGGCGUCCGAUGUGCUAGCUGUUGAGGCCAGCCAAGACGUGCCAGAGGAGGCAGAGUCCACUGCUGAGGCAACCCCAGCCCCUACCCCUGCUCGAGGAAGAAGAGGAAGGCCGGCCAAGCAGGCACCCGAGACCACUGAGGUGGCCAAACCACGUCGAGGACGCAAAGCUGCCAAGCAGGACUCCGCUGAAGAGGAAGUUGUUGUGGAGGAAGUUGCUGCUGCAGCUACUGAAUCCUCAGAAGCUCAGGACAGCAGUGAGACUGCUUGCACUGAUGACAUGGACGUAGCCCUGGAAGGUGUCUCUGCGGAGACCCCAGAGGAACCCGUGGAAGCAGAGGUCGCACCACUGCAGGCAGCUGUUGAGGCCAUCCAAGAUGUUUCAGAGGAAGCGGAGUCCACUGCUGAGGCAGCACCAGCGCCAGCCCCUGCCCGAGGGAGGAGAGGAAGACCAGCCAAGCAGGCACCUGAGACCACUGAGGUGGCCAAACCACGCCGAGGACGCAAAGCUGCCAAGCAGGACUCUGUGGCGCAGGCUGAGGAGGAACAGGCCAUGGAGGUUGAGGAGGUCACUGCUGCUGCUGCUGAGACUGUAGAGGUCAACACCACAGAGGAAGUGGCUGUGGCUCAGGAGGAGCCUGAGCCAGUUGAGCCAGUCACUGAAGCGCCCAAGGCUGGCAGAGGAAGACGAGGCAAACAGCAGGCCAAAGCUCCCGUGGUUGCAGUGGAGCAGGAGGAAGAAGAGCCAGCAGCUGUCGCAGAGUCCGCCUCAGAAAGCGAGCCUAGCACAGAGGCUUCCGAACCUGCUGAUGCUGUUGUUCCGGUCGCUGAAGAACCCGCCACACCUGUCGUCACCGUGAAAGCUGUGCGUGGCCGCAGAGGCAAGCAGGCCGCUGCCAAGCCCCAGGAGGAGGAGGAGGAGAAGCCCCAGCCUCCUGCUGCCAAGGCUGGGCGCGGCAGGAGGGGCAAGCAGGCCCCUGUCGAAGCUGCAGAAGAAAUGGAAGCUGCAGCUGAGCCAACGCCAGCACCCUCUGAAGAGCCUGUAGAGAAGCCUAAAGCCACUAAAUCAACGCGUGGCAGGAAGGCCAAGCAGACCUCAGUAGAGGAGAAGGAAGAGGUCUUGGUGAACCAGGAAACGGCUGAAGAGACUGCACCUGCUGAGGUGGUGGAAGAGCCCCCUCAAAGAGCAGCCGGGUCUGGAAGAGGCAAGAAGGCCAAGCAGGUGUCCUUUGAGGAACCGGAGGUGGCCGAGGAGACGGUGGCGGCCAUUGAGGUGGCCCAAGAGGACAGCAUUGCAGCUCCUGCUGUUGAGGAGCCAGCGAAAACUGCAGCUCCUGCUGCUUCAACCAAAGGCGGUCGUGGGCGUGGACGAGGCAAGCAGGCCGCUGCGCCCAAGGUCCAAGAGGAGGUGGAGGAGGAGCAGGAGGCUGAAGACGCCGAGUCUGCUGAAGCAGAGGUGGAAGAAAUUGUGACCAAGGCUCCUGCGGCCAAGUCAGGACGUGGCCGCAAGGCCAAGGUGGCUGAGGCUGAGCCAGACCAGUCCCCAGCUGCUGAAGAACCGGAGGAGGAGAAGACCCAGACCAAAGCAGCCAGAUCAGCACGAGGGCGUAAGACCAAGCAAGCCCCAAUGCCGGCCCCACAGGAGGAGACCGAGACGACACCUGAAGCCCAACCAGAGCUUGCAGCUGCUGCUGAGGUGGCGGAAGAACCAUUGCAAGUUUCCACAUCGAAGCCUGUGCGUGGUAGAAAGGGCAAGGCUGCGGCCAAACCGGUGGAGAUUGAGGCCGUGGAGGAGGCUGAAGAACCAGCAGUGGCCCCCGAGGCGCCAGCCAAGGAGCCUGCUGUGAAGAGAGGCAGGGGCAGGGUGGCCAAGAAGGGCAAGGCUGAGGAGGAGGUGAAGGAGGAGGAGGAAGAGAAGACUGAGUCCGAGUCCAAUGGUGAUCAGGAUGCUGACGCGCCCGAGAAGGAGACCUCCACCAAGAAAUCAGUCAACUGGAGCAACGACCUGGUCCAGGCCCGUGACCUUGAGUCUGGCAAGGACUUGGUUGAAGAGGUGGUUGCUGAGGUGAAGCGGGUCGGCAAGGGCAGAGCGGCACCCAAGGGACGAGGCGCUAAGAAAACCGCCGCCCAGCCUCCAGUAGAAGAAGAGGAGGCAAAGCCAGAAGAGGAGGCUGAGGCCACACCUGAGCCUGCACCUGAGCCUGUUGUCAAGACGACUGGAAGACGUGGAAAGGCUGCAGCCCCUAAGGCGGUGAAACAGGCCCAGGAGGAGGAGGAGGAGGAGGAGAAAGAGGAGGCUGCCCCUGCCCCAAAACGAGGGGCCAAGAGGAGAGGGGUAUCCAAGGACACUGAGGAGUUGUCGGUCGAGGCUGCGUCUCCACCCAAGAAGAGGCGAGGGAAGGCAGCUGCAUCAGAGGAGGAGGAACAGCCCGAGGCCCCUGCUGCUGCUCCCGCACCCGCUAAAGGGAGGAGAGGAGCGGCCAAGAAGGUGGCAGAGCAAGUGGUGCCAGAAGCAGAGCCAGAGAAGGCUGAACCCGCCAAGGCAGCUCCCAAAACAGUCAGGGGGAAGAGGAAAGUGGCCCAGGAGCAGGAGACCGCUCCAGCUGAGGACACGGCCAAAGGGGUCAGCAGCUCCAGAGGUAAAGGCCGCAGCCAGAAGAAGGCGCCAGAGGCUGCUGCAGAGGAGGAGGCUGCCCCAAGCAGCAGGCGCACGCGGAGGAAAUGAGGCCUCACCUUCACCUCACCUCCCAUAGCCAAAUGUAUAUAACCACACAGGCACCCCACACUUCUGUAUUUUUUUUUUGUUUUGUUUGUUUUUUAACAGAUUAUGUGACUUCAUGUGUCUCGCUUCCUUUUUUGAUGUGUAUGGUUUAUUUUGGUGGUACUUAGAUUUUUAGGACUUCAGAGAAGAAAAUAUCUAUAUAUAUAUAUAUAUGGACCUCUUUUUUUAUAAUGCUUUCAGUCUAUUGUACUUGGUAGAUUUUAAUGUAAUUAAAUGUAUACUUGUGUACUCAGGAGAAUGUGAGAGGAAAAAAAAAAUAUUCAGGGCGAAACCGUUCAGAUAACAAAAAGUUUUACUGUAGUGACCAAGAUUUGUCUUAAUUUUGGUUUGUUUGUCUUUUUUACUUUACACAUGUAUUUUAAAAGAUGUUUUCAUACAUUAAAAUUGAGGACCUGUCAACCAUGUGAAGUUUUGUAUCCACCUGAUCCAUCCUUAUGUUUCAAAAAGAGUGAAGUAGCCAACUUUCUACAUGGGAAAGCAAUUGGCUUUCUGUGGCAGCUCUGUUGCAAAAUGCACCAAUACAAAUAAAAUAUGUACAGUUCCUCA